GCAGUAUGGAUCAGGCCAAUGGGGUUUCUGGGACACCAGGAGAUUGUGGUGAAAACAACCUUGUACAGUGCCCGGUGUGUAGUCUUGAGAUGCCGGCUGCAACCAUCAAUUCUCACCUUGAUACCUGCCUACACCUGAGGCCUACUGGGGCUCCUGGCAAGAAGAGGCGCCUCUCCUCGCAUGAGAAUUCGGGAGCUCCAGAGAAUGUUCAGGUUCCUGGGAGAUUGCAGGGAUUAGCAGCACCCAGCUUUCCUUUGUUUCACAAGCAUAGAUCUUCUGAUGGCCCAUCUGAAUUGUCCUCUGUUAGUUCCCAAUUCUUUGGCCUUCAGUCCCCCAAAAGGGUAGAGGCGAAUGCUAAGAUUGCACCCUCUAGUUCUGAAUGCCCACAGAAGCAAGAGGAGCCACAGCAUUCUCAAAGCGGGACCCUUCAUUCCGUACAGAAACAGAAGAAUCUGUCUGAGAAGCUGGAUGGCAAACCACUGGCGGACAAAAUGAGACCCAGCUCUUUGCAAGACUACAUGGGGCAAAACAAGGUUUUAGGAGAAAACACCAUGCUCAGGACCCUGCUACAGUCCAACGACAUUCCCUCUAUCAUACUCUGGGGGCCUCCAGGUUGCGGCAAGACCACGCUUGCCCAGAUUAUUGCGAAGAAUACCAACAAAAACAACACAAGGUUUGUAACACUGUCUGCGACAAGUGCUUCCACCAGCGAUGUGAGAGAGGUCAUCAAACAAGCACAAAAUGAAGCAAAGCUUUUCAAGAGGAAAACUAUCCUGUUUGUUGAUGAGAUUCAUCGCUUUAAUAAGACACAACAGGACACGUUCCUGCCCCACGUGGAGUGUGGAACAAUAACUCUUAUCGGGGCCACCACAGAAAACCCGUCUUUCCAAGUGAAUACUGCUCUGUUGAGCCGUUGCAGGGUUAUUGUCCUGGAGAAGCUGUCUGUGGAAGCGAUGGAGGCUAUCUUGAUGCGAGCCGUAGACUCCUUGGGGAUGAAAGUCCUGAAUGAGGAUGGGCAGCCUGACUGCAGUAGCAGCGAUGUCUCCGAGUUCCCAGUGUAUAUUGAACAAAAAGCUUUAACAACUCUAGCCCACCUCUGUGAUGGAGACGCCAGGACAGGACUGAAUGGUCUGCAGUUGUCUGUUCAAGCCAGACUAGCCGCAGGGAAAGAUCCGUUAAACGGUGGCAUGGUUAUAAAGGAAGAGCAUAUCAAGGAAGGGUUACAACGUUCGCAUAUCCUCUAUGACCGGGCUGGAGAAGAGCACUACAACUGUAUCUCUGCACUUCAUAAAUCCAUACGAGGGUCUGAUGAGAAUGCAUCUCUCUAUUGGCUUGGGCGAAUGCUUGAGGGUGGUGAAGAUCCUCUCUAUGUGGCUAGACGCUUAGUAAGAUUUGCCAGUGAAGAUAUAGGCUUAGCUGAUCCCCUGGCACUACCCCAAGCAGUAUCUGCUUACCAAGCCUGCCAUUUUAUUGGAAUGCCAGAAUGCGAUGUGAUUUUAGCCCAAUGUGUGAUGUAUCUGGCUCGUGCUCCAAAAUCAAUAUCAGUAUACAGUGCUUACAGGAAAGUGAAAGAUUGCUUAAAGAACCACAAGGGGCCACUUCCACCUGUUCCCCUACACCUGAGGAAUGCACCAACAAAGCUCAUGAAAAAUUUGGGUUAUGGCAAAGACUAUAAAUAUAACCCCAUGUACAGUGAACCUGUAGAGCAGGACUAUCUGCCUCCGGAAAUGAAAGGGAUUAAGUUUAUUUGAUCACAUGUGGCCAUUUUUUGUUCUGUGAACAUCCUUAUAUUUUUGUAAUUCUUUAUAAUUAUACUCAUAACUUCAACUCUUUACUGUAUCUGUUUAAUUAAAGAAACAAUGAUGUUUAAGAAAUAGACUUUCCAUAUACAUAUAGGUGUAGAUUGCGCGUGUGUGUGUGUGUGUGUGUGUGUAUAUAUAUAUAUAUAU